AUGGCGUCAGCCUCGUGGCCACCACAGCUCAAAGAUUGGGUUGCGAAAUGUUUGGGACAAAUGACCGACAGUAAUAGAAAGGAAGCUCAAGAUGAACUAAGGCAGGUAAUUGCUGACGCUUUUGCCGCACACACACUUUGGACAACAGACUGGAACGGCGUACAACUGGAAAGUCUUUUACCAAAACCGGCCCCUACUCUUAAACGCAAGAUAAAUGAUACUGCCCCCGUCAGCAAGAAAGCCAAAAAAUCAUCUCUCAAGCAAAUUACAGCUGGCACUGCAUCUUUGGACUUGAAUGAUCAAGCAGCCCUCAACCGUAGAGCAGAGCGUUUUCAACGCGAACACGAAAUUGAGCGGCAGAAGUCGAGAAAUUCGUCGUUGAAGGCAAACGUUCACAAUAAUCAUCUCUUCAAUAACAGCUCUUGGAAUGCUUCUCGUUCAGCAUCUCCUUUUGGGAACUCCGAUGAACCAGAAGCGGAUCCGAACGUCAUCGACUGGGACCGUUUCACAAUAGUAGGGACCUCGAGGGAAAUUUUCAAAGAUUAUUUAAGAUUGACAGAUGCCCCAAAACCAGAAACAAUUCGACCUUAUGCUGUCCUUCAAGAGACACUUGUACAACUCAAGAAACGAUGGAGAGAAAAGUGCUCGUACGACUGGAUAUGUAAUCAGUUCAAAAGUCUUCGUCAGGAUCUUACUGUUCAACGCAUCAAGAAUGACUUCACGGUACAGGUCUACGAAAUCCAUGCGCGUAUGGCACUUGAAAGCAACGAUAUGGUGGAAUAUAAUUCAUGUCAAGCAACGCUCAAGACGCUCUACGAAUUGGGAAUACCUGGAAAAGUGGAGGAGUUCACGGGAUACCGGAUACUCAUGCUCCUACACGGGCGCAACAGAAGCGAACUCAAUUUGUACGUAGGUCAACUAACACCUAGACAGAAAGCGGAUCCGGCUGUGCGACACUCUCUCGAUGUUCAACGCUCACUUUCAAUGGGCAACUAUCAUGCUCUCUUCUUACUGUAUUUGAAUGCCCCGAACAUGGGUGCUUACAUUAUGGAUCACUUCAUUCCCCGAGAAAGAGUCAAAGCAUUAAUGGUUAUCACCAAAGCUUACCGGACAAUAUCACUAUCUUUCAUCCAAAACGAGCUCGGAUUUGACGACUUGGAUUCUACUAUUAAAUUUUUGGAAGAACACAAGGGCGCGCAUUUCACAAACCCCACUAGUUCUAAUAGCCAGAAAAUUGUUGAAUGCAAAUCGGCAGCCACUUACCUAGGGCAAGUGUAUGAAGAAAAGUAUCGCAAAGUGGGGAUAAGGGGUGCCGUAUAGUUCUGUACUAUACUGAGUAAUAACUGUCUUGUGUUUGAGUAUGUACUUCCCAUUAUUUGGAUUUUACAGAAAGAUGGCCACAAAUUUCAAUGAAAGUUGA